AAAUUUAAGCGAAAUAUGUUUUCUCUUCCUACAGCCUUUCAGACGCAGGGAACAGUGCCUUUGACCCAUUUGAUCAAUGUGGUCCAGUACCUGAAGAGUUCAGCCAACACUGCCAUUACCACAUCAGUGCAGAGUCUACACAGAGACCUUUCACCUGAACAUGACCCACUUCUGAGUGAGCCCAAAGUAAACUUAAAGGACCUGGGUCUGUCAGAGCUGAGGUUCAGUCAUGUAUGGGAUGUUCUGAAGCGCCUGCUGCCUUCUAUAGAUCCAGAGGAGAAAUCCAUAUCCAGCGCUGCUCAAAACCCAACAACAUGGAGAACAUCUCACAUUUCUGCCUCCUCCUUCUUCCAAAACAAAUAUGGGUUCUCUCACAAACACGUGGGACUAUUUGGCUCUCCGGUGUUUCGCAGGCAAAGUACCAGCCCGCUCCAGGCGGCCUGCGUAGAUCUACAUCAUCUGCAAUUAUGGGUCCAAAACAGAGGUUUCAGGACAAUGAAGUCCAAGAUCAGACAUCUACAGUCUGGUUUUGAAGGUCCAGUAGAUGCAGAGAAUUAUAAGCCAGUCUUUAUGAAAGACCCCCUUGUGAAGGAAAAGCAAGUCAUGGGGAGUCUUGAACAGUUAUUGAAACAGAAUAACUUGUCAGAAUCUGACCAGGAUGCUUUUAAGAUAGGCUUCACAGAGGGCAUCAUGAAAGCUCAGGCUCUGACACAGAGAACUCAAGACUCUGUAAAAAGGACACGUCUGAUUAUUUUUGUCCUCCUGCUGGUGGGUCUGUAUGGUGUGUCCAGAAGCCCUCUCUUCUCGGGUAAAGGGUCAUUUUCUGACACUGUUCGUUUCCGCACCACCUCUGGUCUGGAUUCAGCUGUGGACCCCAGUCAGAUGAAGAAUGUCACCUUUGAACAUGUAAAAGGUGUCGAGGAGGCCAAAAACGAGCUUCAGGAUGUUGUCGAAUUUUUGCGAACCCCCCAGAAAUUCACUGUGCUCGGUGGUAAACUUCCCAAAGGUAUCUUGCUCGUGGGGCCUCCAGGAACAGGAAAAACCCUGUUGGCCAGAGCUGUAGCAGGUGAAGCAGACGUGCCCUUCUACUACGCCUCCGGGUCAGAGUUUGACGAAAUGUUUGUGGGAGUCGGCGCGAGUCGCAUCAGAAACCUUUUCAAGGAAGCCAAAGCUAGUGCACCGUGUGUAAUAUUUAUCGACGAACUGGACAGUGUAGGAGGAAAGAGAAUCGAGUCUCCAAUGCACCCAUACUCACGACAAACUAUCAACCAGUUGCUCGCUGAGAUGGAUGGGUUUAAACCCAAUGAAGGAGUCAUUGUGAUUGGAGCUACGAACUUUCCUGAAGCUUUGGACAAUGCUCUGGUGAGACCUGGCCGGUUUGACAUGCAGGUCACCAUCCCAAGACCAGAUGUGAAGGGACGCAAAGAAAUCCUGGAGUGGUAUUUGAAAAAAAUUAAAGUGGAUUCUGCUGUUGAUGCAGAGAUCAUUGCAAGGGGAACAGUGGGUUUCUCUGGAGCCGGACUGGAGAACUUGGUGAACCAGGCGGCGCUGAAAGCAGCAGGCGAUGGGAAAGACCUGGUGACCAUGAAGGAGCUGGAGUUUGCGAAGGAUAAGAUCCUGAUGGGCCCUGAGCGCCGGAGUGUGGAGAUAGACAAGAGGAAUAAGACGGUCACAGCCUAUCAUGAAUCAGGACAUGCUAUAGUGGCUCAUUACACCAAAGACGCAAUGCCCAUCAACAAAGCUACCAUCAUGCCACGCGGCCCUUCACUUGGUCAUGUAUCCUUGCUGCCAGAGAAUGACCGCUGGAAUGAGACACGGGCCCAGCUUCUGGCCCAGUUGGACGUCAGCAUGGGUGGCAGGGUUGCUGAGGAACUGGUGUUUGGAAAUGAUCACAUCACUACUGGGGCAUCCAGUGAUUUUGAUGGAGCCACUAAAAUAGCACAGAUGAUGGUGACGCGGUUUGGAAUGAGUGACAAGCUGGGGGUCAUGACCUAUAAUGACCUGACGAAGCAUAGCCCGGAGACCCAAGCUGCUGUAGAACAGGAAGUCAGGGUGCUGUUGCAGGACUCGUAUGAAAGGGCAAAGAAUCUACUUAAGACCUACAGCAAAGAACACAAGCUGCUGGCCAAUGCCCUGCUGACUUACGAGACUCUAAAUGCAAAGGAAAUUCAGUUGAUCCUUGAAGGAAAGUCACUGGAUCCCAGAUGAUGAAGUCUUGGAUUAACAGAGACAUUUCAAGCCACCAUCUUACCUUAUCUGUAAAUAUAAAUAUUUGUAGUAAGUAAGACAUAUGAAAGACUUUCUAGCCUUAUUUUCAGGUGAAACAUUGGCUUUCAAACAGACAGAAAGCUAACAGAAAUUCAGAUCUUUCCUAUUAAUUUGAGAGGGUAAAUUGAUGCCAAAAGUACAUAUGCCUCAGUGAACCAAUGGUAAUAACUACAAAUCAGUUAAACUAUAAAGUCUUGCUUUGUUUUUAGAUCCUAAGUAUAUAACAGGAAAAUGAUGACCUUCUUUACGAUGUUCAUUUUGUUCAUCAUAUUCUCUUUUAGAGAUUGAAGCACUUUCUUACAAGUCAUUUUAUGAAAUGGAGAAAAACAGGAAGGUCAUUGAAAGCAAGUGGCAAAUCAGAAUGUCCCAUUUUCAAUAAUCAUAGUACAGAUUGUUCACUUUUACCAUGCAAUCUUAAACCACAAACCAAGUAUGAAUGGGACUUCAGAAUGUCAGUAUUAUUUUAAGAUGAGCAAUUGACUCUUGAGUACUGUAGAUUUUUGUGCAAUGUUACUGUUUACCUUGGUAGGUCUUAAUUUUAUUCAUUAAGUUAUUUCUUUCAGUAUACUUUUUCCAGGGGUAGCUAAAAGCCUCCUGCCUCAUUUGGGUUGUCUGCAUGUGUAUGUUUAAAUGACUCGGGUAACUCCACUGUUUAUAUGUGUGUUUGGAAAAUUAUUUUUAUGCUUUCUUUUGAAAUUUGUACCAUGAUAAUUUUUAUUUCUCUCAAUCAGAAAUGAACAUGGAUAGACUAAAUAAAGAAAAUAAAUAAAGCUUA